AUGGGCGACACUGGCCUCGCAGAGACACCGGAUGACGCGGCCCUUCUCCGUGCGGAUGAGCUGAGCUUGCUGGGGGCGAUGGCCCGUGGAGGCCGGCCUCCAUUGAAAAACAUAAAUACCGAGACAUCUCCCCCUUCGUUCGUAAAGAUUUCGCAACCACACGACUGGUUACUUGAGAAAUUCAGCUUUGCAACACGUCCGCCCAAAAUGUUUCCUGCUCCCCCGGAAGAUGUUGAGUUCUACCUUAUUUUCUAUCAAUCUCAGUCAGCGCAAUGCGCUUCACGUUAUGAGCGCCCUGGCACGCCUAACCUUGGUUUGCCUCCCUCACCCUCGGUUUCUGAUGUUCGCAAUCGCUAUGCCAACAAUGUGGCUGUGGUUAUAGCUGGCGCCAUUGCUACCGGGGCCUCCGCAAAAAAUCGUGGCGACAGUGCAUACGCACCGAUUGAUCUUACUAAUGACGAUGACUGCCUCCACGAACCCAGAGGACCUUUUAGCCGACCAAACAGUGAUUUUGAACGCUCGCCGUCACCAACUUUAGUUGGGACCGCGGGGACAAUAAACGAGGAGCAUCAACUUGAAGAUAUUCUCGAAAUUAAACGUUCGAGGAGAGUGGGGAGGAGCACCGAAAUCUUGGUGCAAUACGAGCACGGAAAACGCAAGUGGCUGGAUGAACAGGAUGUACAACAGCUAGUGGACAAUUUCGGUCAAACACCCGUGCCGCGCAGCUCAAAGCGAGGCGGAGAGCCAUUGGAGCACAAAUCCAAGAAGCCGCGAGUACAAUAA